GGAUUGGGAAAGUCUCUCAAUAAUACUGGAAGUAAGUGGAUUUAUUUCACGGAAAGUUCACUGCAACUUCCUCCCCUUUCCAUAGAUGUGCUGAUGGUGCUCAGAAUCUAGAGUUUGAGAAAGUGAUCAAGCAAUCAGAACAACAGAAGCACGUAGAAGAGCAUUGAGGAACAUCGCUACCUUGUUGGUGUGGACGAAGGAGCAAUGGCAGAGGUGGUCGCUUCCAGUCUCCUGAGGUUGGUGUUUGACAAGCUGGGCAACAAAAUCCUCAAGGAGUUUGGGCUGUCGAUGGGUGUCGACAAGGAAUUGAGAAAGCUCGAGAGCACUCUAUCGACAAUCCAUGAUGUGCUUGAGGAUGCCGAGGCAAGGCAGGUGAAGGAGAAAGCUCUCAGAGGAUGGCUGAGAAAGCUCAAAGAUGUGGCUUACGAUGUGGACGACGUGUUGGAUGAGGCUGCGGCCAAAGCUGCGAAACGAAGAUCAGAGAACAAAGGCCACAUGACUGAAAAGGUGCGUCAAUUGUCUUCAAUCCCAAACUCAUUUCUGUUUCAGUCUAAGAUAGCUCGUAAGAUAAAGAAGAUUAGAGAGAGAUUAGAAGAAAUAGCAGGGGAGAGGACCAAGUUUCAUCUACAAGAGCGAGUUGCUGAAAACAUUAGGACCGAGACUGCAGUCAGAGAAGAGACUGGUUCUUUGAUUGAUGAAUCACAAGUUUAUGGCAGAGAGGAAGAUAAAGAGAAGAUAACAGAUUUCUUGAUUGACAUGUCUGAUGAAAGUGAUCUUGGCGUGAUAGCUAUUGUUGGGUUGGGAGGGCUGGGUAAGACGACCGUUGCCCAGUUAGUCUAUAAUGAUCAGAGGGUGCGUAAGCAUUUUGAAAAAAUGAUGUGGGUUUAUGUGUCUGAUGAUUUUGAUAUUAAAAGGCUUACUAGAUCCAUCAUAGAAACUGUAAGCGGGAGCGAAUUUAGUCUCACAGAAAUGGAUUUGAUGCAGCAUGAGCUCAGAAAUUUGAUUGAGGAUAAGAGAUUUUUACUCGUGUUGGAUGAUGUUUGGAGUGAGAAUUAUGAAAAAUGGGACAGGCUGAGAACCAUGUUGAUUGGUAGUGCUAGGGGAAGUAAAGUUGUAGUGACUACACGCAGUGAACGAGUUGCUUCUAUCAUGGGAACAGUCGCGCCGCACUUUUUAUCAGGUCUAUCAGAGGAUGAUUGCUGGCUAUUAUUUGAAAAGAGGGCAUUUGGAUUGGGGGGCUCUGAGAAGACCCCAAAUUUGGUGGCCAUUGGGAAGGAGAUUGUGAAAAAAUGUGGAGGUGUUCCAUUAGCAGCAAAGGCUUUAGGAAGUUUGAUGCGGUUCAGGAGAGGAGAGAGUCAGUGGUUGGCCAUCAAGGAGAGUGAAAUUUGGAACUUACCAAAUGAUGAAAAUGAAAUCUUACCUGCUUUGAUGCUGAGCUACAAUCACCUGCCAUCACAUCUGAAACAAUGCUUUGCAUAUUGUUCAAUAUUUCCUAGAGGUGAGGAAAUAAGAAGCAGGGAAUUGGUCCAGUUAUGGAUAGCAGAAGGCUUUGUGCAAUCAUCUAAUGGAAGUACAUACUUGGAAGAUGUGGGUUUGCAGUGUGUUGAUGAGUUGCUAUCGAGAUCGCUCUUCCAGUGUGGUCAGAAAGAUACAGAUGGUGUGGUAAGGCAGGUUAAGAUGCACGACCUCCUUCACGAUCUUGCUCGAUCCGUUGCAGGUGAUGAAUGUUCCGUUGCAGAUGCUGGUAAUAAGUCAGUAAUUUCCCAAAGUUGUCGGUAUUCAUCACUCGUAUGUAGAGGCCCGAUAAAUUCCGCAUGGGAACCUCUAAAAGAUGCAGAAAGGCUGCGCACUUUGUAUUUUGUUGCAUCCAGAGGCAUGACGAAGGAAGAGGAUAAGGAAGACGAUGUUCUUCAAGCUAUAUUCUCCAAAAUGAAGUUGCUACGAGCAUUACAUCUAAGCCAGUGUCCCAUGAAAGCCAUGCCAGUUUCAGUAACUAAGCUUGAACAUCUGAGAUACCUGAACCUCUCACAAACUGACAUCGAAACACUACCACCAUGUAUCGGCGCUCUCCAAAAUCUGCAGAUAUUGGACCUGUCAUGUUGUAAACAACUUCGAGCACUGCCUGAAACUGUUGGUGACCUCCAGAAUCUGCAGAUAUUGGACCUGUUAGGUUGUAAACAACUUCGAGCACUGCCUGAAACUGUUGGUUAUGUCAGGAAUUUGCAAAACUUGGACCUCUCGUUUUCCCAGAUCCGAACAUUGCCUGAAUCCCUGAGCUCCCUUUUAAAUCUGCAGUCACUGAGCCUCAGAUAUUGUUACUUCCUGCAUAGGCUUCCAGGGAACAUGAAGAACAUGAGAAGCCUCAUACAUCUAGACAUAUAUCAUUGUUUUGAACUGGUCUGCAUGCCUCCAGGGAUAGGACAGUUGAGUCAACUUAGGACAUUGCCCUUGUUUGUGCUUGAUGGGAAGAGCAGUUGCAGACUUAGUGAGCUUGGUCGCCUGAACCUUGCAGGUGAAUUGGAUAUUAGGGGACUUGAAAAUGUAAGUGAAGCUAUAGAGGCCAGAAAAGCCAACUUGAAGGAGAAACAAAGCCUUCAUUCACUAAGAUUGUCAUGGGACUUGAAUGCUUAUGUGAAACCAGGGCAACCAUGUGAUGAGACUGAGAACGAGGGGGAAAGUAUGAAGGAAUUUGUCGAAGCACUCGCAGCAAAAGACUGGGAUGCUGAUGCUGACGUGGUAGAGGAUGUGCUCAGAGAUCUCCAGCCACACGAAAAUCUGAAGGUAUUGGAGAUCGAAGGAUAUGUAGGCAAGACACUUCCAUGGUGGCUGAUGGAGUCUUCACUUCCAUAUUUGGCCGAGCUGUCUCUGACAUCCUGUGUUAGAUGUGAGCAUCUUUCAGCAUUGGAGCAGCUACACAGCCUUAGGGUCCUCAAAUUGCUCAUGCUUCCUGCUAUGAAGUGCCUUCCAGCACUCGGGCAGCUACCAGAUCUUAAGGUCCUCCAACUGAUGCUUCCUGCUGUCAAGUGUUUAGGCUCGGAGUUCUAUGGCGGUGAAGCAGCAUUCCCCGCAUUGGAGGAGUUGGCACUGUCGCUCAUGUCAGAUUUGGAGGAAUGGCCUGCAGUAGGCGGUGGAGAAUUCCUUCCCCGUCUCUCUAAGCUGUGCAUAGUUGAAUGCCCAAAGCUGAGAGCACUGCCAUCGGAUUUUCCUUUUGUUAGAGAACUAGAGAUGGAUGUAGAUGAUGAGCUGCUUCUAUCUUCCUUCCAGAGUGGUGCAUUUCCAAAUCUGAAGCAUUUAAGCAUUCAAAACUGCAAGUACGGCAAUGACAAUGAUGACUGCAAUGAUGAUGAUGAGAACGAUGGUGAUGAUGGCAACGAUGAUGAUCACAACAGUGAUGACAAUGAUGAUGGUGAUGAUAAUCACAACAAUGAUGGCAAAGACUACCUACCAAGCAUUCCGAAAGUGCUCGUUGACCGAAUGAGCUCCCUCGAAAGUAGGUCAAUGUGUAUAAAGGGCAAGCCUAGAGACUUCUAUAGCCUGUUUUUUGCUUCCCUAAGAGAGGAAUUAUUACACUUGCAAAAUGAAUCAACAUCCAAUUUUGAACUUGAAGAGUAAAUACAUGGGGUGAUGAUUCAUCUUGCAUGUGGUGAGUGACCAUUGUCCCGAUCUACUAUACCGGGUCUAUCUAGUAAUUUCUCCUUCUUGUUUGCUAUGUUUCUUGAACAAUGCAGUUAACUAUAGUUGUAACUUGUGGCUUUGGAAUUGAUUCGAUUCUCUGCUGCCAAAAAAAAAA